AUGUCAGUGGAAGACAUUCCCGAACUAUAUCGUAUAAACAGCACCGUGUGCACUUUAUGUCUAAACACGAUAAAUAAAAUCCACAAAGUUCCCCCCAACGACGGUUCCCACGAUGGAGACGAUGGAGGUUCCCACGAUGGAGGUUCCCCCAAUGAAGGUUCUUUGGAAGCUCACCCGAACGAAGCUCACCCAAACGAAGCUCACCCGAACGAAGCUCACCCGAACGAAGCUCACCCAAACGAAGCUCACCCAAACGAAGCUCACCCAAGCGAAGCUCCCCCCAACGAAGCUCCCCCCAACGAAGCUCCCCCCAACGAAGCUCCCCCGAGCGUAAGUUUUCUGGGCGGUCCAGGACCAUGCUUUUAUUGUAAGGGUCCCCACAUUCUCGUAUUUUGUCCAAGGAUCCCGCCCCGUCUAAGAGGCUGCUGCAUAAGAUGUUGGGCCCCCGAUCAUAAUGUGAAAGAGUGUUCUCGCAAAGGUCCUCUCCCCCAACCAUCGGAAACUUCAUAG